AUGGUGUAUGCGUGGGUGACCCGCGGCCCCACUCAGGUUGCAACAUCCAAUAACGUUUGCAAGCAACAAGGGUACGAUUGCACUAGCGCAGCAUGCAAAUCUUGUCCUUCUGCCUUCGGUGUUAAAGAAUUCUGUCACGAGGACAAUCCGAAUGUAUGUGAACCUUGUGUUGCUGAAGUCAACUACUCCAAUAGUUGGAGCCCUUUCGAGCUGUGUCAAAGAGUCACAGAAUGUGCAGGACAUUACAUUGUUGCCAAGAAUGCAACGAGAACGAACGAUACACAAUGCGUCUGCCCCAAGGGAUACGUAGAAGAUGGACUUGGAAUUUGUCACAAACUACAGCCAACACAAUAUCUAACUGCAUCGCCAACAACAAGCACAAUAGAAGUUCCUACAGGAUCUGCAACUUCGACGAUGUCAUUUCUAGAAUGCUGCAAGGUUCGUAGACUUCCAAGAUCUGAAUUUGCUCCUCUUAUACCAACAAUGGGAAACGUGCAGAAUGCUUCUAACGACAUUCCACUGAAGCAGAGCAGUCGUGUGACGAUUAACAAUACGUCAGUCACAUUUAUAGACGUCCAACCUGAUGCCGCAGGCGAAUAUUGCUGCAGGAACAAGAGUGGAGAGCCACAAAAGACAAUACAGUUUGUAGUAAAAGAGAAUCUUCUUCCUAAUUAUCGAGUCGAUGAAGGCAUGCCACUCGUACUAAAAUAUGUUAUACAUGCAGCUGAUAUGUGCAGUGACUGGAGCUAUCAGUGGUUUUGCGAUGGUGUACAGCUACGGUCUGCCAGUCGUGAUUGGUCGGGUGAAAACGUGACGAAAUUGGCCAUUUACAGAGUGAGUGGUCGGAAAAAGUAUUGGUGUGUUGCAAAGAGUGACGAGUGGCGAUUGAAGUUGCAAUCGGCUACAGCUGUCGUCACAUGUAGUGGGAUCCGAUCAAGUACUACUGAUUUUACUCCUACUGAUUGUACUCCUACGAAAGAUGCAUUGCCAAAUCGUGAUGGAAAUGACAUUGGAGGUACAACAGAUCUGGAAACGAAAUUGGAAGACGAUAUGGGUCAAGAGACUGGUGCUGCUUCUGCGAGAGGUCGUGACAUAAUUCAAGCUACAGAGGAUCAUUCGCAACAUUUCCUUGAGCAGGUAGUGCAUUCAUCGGAGUAAAAUGAUGCUACAACGGGGCAUGUAGUGCAAGCAAAAUCGUUUUCUUGUGUCAAACAUCUCACAACAGAGAUCUUACAUCAGUUGGCUGAAGACAUUGGAGGACCAAAUCAUGAUUUAAGUAGUGUAUUGGCAAUAGCUGAAUCGAUGGGAGUCGAUGUCGAGGAAGUCAAACACAGAGCAACAAUGUCCAGCAAAGAUCUAUCACUUUUUGUCUUGGAGAGACUGCGUGAAAUUAAUCCCGACUAUCCGCUUUCUGCACUCUGUCACAUAUUUGUAGAGAACGAACGACCGGAGUGUGCUUUGGAGUUGACCGAACAUGUGAGGAGAGCCGGUGGUAUUCUGCGGUUGCCUGAUCGUCUGCAGAAGCAACUCUUGAGUCUGAUCGGUGGGAUGGAAUAGCAAGGGAUAGAUGACGUCUUGGACAUUUAAAGUUUAUGUCAGUAUGGAUUUUUUGCAUCACCAUACCUUGUUAUGAUUGUGUAUGCAUGUACUUGAUGGUACAAUCAUUAUGAUAUGCAUGUUACGCAUGUAUCAAGUAGUCAUAGAGGUUAGAUAAUGUU